UGUGCAGGGGAAAUUGGUAAUCUCCGCCUAGUCAAGGUGGGGAGAUUAAGCUUAUUUCUCCUGCUCUCUCUCUCCCAAUUUUCUGCUUGAUGGCCAAGAAACAGGACGAAAAAGAAAAUUUGACGCUAUUUGGUGGCGUUAUGUCUUUGUUCUCUCUGAGCCUUCAAUUAAAUAGAAAUGCAGCAAUUAAAAUUGUUUCCCUUAUCCUUUCCCCUGUUAGCAGACGCAGGGUUGGGAUUUUCUUUUGAGUUUUGUAAUGCAUUGAUGUUAUUUCCUGGAGUUGAUGAAUCCUGUAUCAUCUCUGUUCUUUGCUGUAGUUACUGUUUUCUAGUGUUCUCCGAACUACUCUUGGCGUGCCUGGGCCGUAAAAUUGUUGUUAUUUCCAUUUAACAUUUCAUUUUUUUUUUUCUGCGUAGUUGUGGUUUUCAGAUUUGCGGGUCCUUCGUUCUCCAUACGACAUCGAAAGCACAAAACUAGGGUUUUAUCUGAAUCAGACGUGCGGUGAAAUCGUUUCUCUCUCUCUCUCUCUCCCCCCCCCCCCCCCCCCCCAAAAAAAAAAAACAAUUCAAUUUUGACGGAUAGGCUAUUGGUUGAUUUGGUUGUGUUUGUACUGGCAGCUUGAUCUCAGUUUUAUUUUUUUUUCUUGAAAAGUCGCUUUUGUUGCACACAGAGACUAACACCGUUGUUUGUUUUGUGGUUUUUCAUGGAAGGUAAUCGGGAUUUCGAUUGGAAUAGCAGAAGAGUGGCUUUUGGGAAGAAGUGCGGAUCGAAGGUGACGCAAGGCAGCGAGAAUUUUGAAGAAGGGUUAGGGUUUGUUCGGAGUAGGAGAGCAGAGGAUGACGCGGACGUCUCUUCAGUUGAUUCCACACUUAAAACUCCACCAACGAAGCAAUGCAAAGGGAAGCGGAAUCCAAAUAUCACCGCUGAACCUGAAAUAUCUCGUCUUGAGGACUUGCCUCAGUGUUGGGACCUACAGCUGUGGAAGACGAUUGGACUGGGCCGACUAUAUAAUGGCCUCUAUUAUCUGAUUCCUUUCUCAGAUGGGAGUUGUUCUAUGUCAUCUGAUGUCAAAGCGCAUUCUUUGAAUAAUGCACACCAGUUGUUUGAUCUCUGGCUUCAACAACUAGAUUUUGGAAGCUUUGAGAUUAUAGCGUUGUAUCCGGCUGGGAUUCAAAACUGAAAGACAUCCAUGGUCAUACCGAACUUUGUGGUUCAACAACAAAAAUAAGGCACAAUCUAUGACGGUAUCAAGAAUACUUGCUCAUUUUUUUGUGAAAAAUGGUGGCAAGAAAAAGAAGCCAGUUUUAAAGCCCAUGAAAGAUGUUGAUGCCACUGUACAAGAAAAGUGGUUGUGUGUGUUAGAAGUAAACAGAAGUUGUGUGUGCUACUCAUUGAUGUCACACUUGAAGGGUUAGGUUCAGAUUGUGGUGAAUCUGAUGAUAUAAAAUUAAUGCAGGAG